CCCCCCUGCAGCGUCGUCAUUGCGCAGAACAGUUUGAACCAAAAAGCGGAGUGACCUUCCUCCGCUCUCAGUCUGAGACGGGCAGCACUGAAGCAAUAAGCCGGUCACAGCUCCGACAGUCCCCCGCGUUAGCCUCAGAAAUGAACAACAACUUAGUCGGAGAUGAAGUCGGGAAACUUUUUGUGGGAGGAUUGGACUGGAGUACCACACAAGAGACACUUAGAAACUACUUCUCACAGUAUGGGGAAGUAGUAGAUUGUGUCAUCAUGAAGGACAAAACUACAAAUCAGUCGCGAGGCUUCGGCUUUGUCAAAUUCAAAGACCCCAAUUGUGUACGGACAGUGCUGGAGACAAAGCCUCAUAAUCUUGAUGGAAGAAAUAUUGACCCGAAGCCAUGCACUCCCAGAGGAAUGCAACCUGAAAAGUCUCGAACCAAGGAGGGCUGGAAGGGCAGCAAAGCAGAUAGCAAUAAAUCAAAGAAGAUAUUUGUAGGUGGAAUCCCCCAUAACUGCGGCGAGCCUGAACUCAGGGACUAUUUCAAUAGAUUUGGAGUGGUCACAGAGGUGGUAAUGAUCUAUGAUGCGGAGAAGCAGAGGCCCCGAGGUUUUGGAUUUAUUACUUUCGAGGCCGAACAAUCAGUGGACCAGGCUGUCAACAUGCAUUUUCACGACAUCAUGGGCAAAAAAGUGGAAGUUAAGAAGGCUGAACCCCGUGACAGCAAAGCUCCUGGCCAGCUUGGCCCUGGCCAGUGGGCACCCAGGGGCAUCUUGAGUGCAGCUAAUGGUUGGACAGCACAGCCUGCCCAGGGCUGGCAGCAGCCUUACGGGGCCCAGGGAGUGUGGGUGUCGACUACUGGCCAACCGAUAGGCGGGUAUGGACCUCAGUUGACAGCCAGCCGUGGAACCCCCACACAGCCUCCGUCACCCUUUAACGCAUUCCUGGUCACGACCCCAGCGGGUGGCUUCGCUGCACCUCAGGGCUACCCUCAGCAGGGCUACAGCACAGCACCUCAGUUUGGUUACAGUUUCGGCACACCCCAAGCAGACCAGUAUGCUCAACAGGUUCCUCCUCCACCCACCACUCCAGGAACUGCACCUCUGGGUUUUGCCCCUGCAACCACACCAACUCAGGACAUGAGCAAAGCUCCCACUGGGCAGCCUGACUACCCUUAUAGCCAGUAUGGGUACGGGCAGGACCUGACAGCCUUCACUCACAGCUUCGCAGACCCCACCCAGCCGACGGCUUCGUACGGGGCCCCGACAGCACAGCCCGCCGCCCAGUCUGCUGCCACUGCGUUCGGCAGGGGCCAGAACCACAAUGUACAGGGCUUCCACCCGUAUCGACGCUGACCCCCUCCCCCCCACUGGGCAGGGCCGUUGUGUAAAGUUCAAAAACUAAAACUAAAAAAAAAAGAAGUCAGGGAAAUGUGUGUUCUCGCUAAGAAGCAAAACUGGAGUACUGGAUUGUUCUGUGGGAAUGUUGAAUGCACACAGUUUGUGAAAGCUGGAAUUCCAGUGAAUUCAAAAGGGGUCUAAAGAAACCCAGGUUUUUUUGCGUAACUUAAUGAACAUUCAGCAGAAAGAAGCUUUUAUCCCCCACCCCCCACCCCAUGUUUUAUAGUAGAACUAAACUACUUUGCAAUAAUUUUGAUUGUCUGGUCAAACACUAGCACAGAGACUAUAUGUAAAGAGAUUGCAUAUAAAUAUGUAUAUUUAUGGUGGACACAAAUGAAAACAGGGUCUCAAGUUUCCUCAGCUUUAAAUUCUAGGGAAAAAAUGUUUUUAUUUUUCAUUUGGUGGAUUUUGUUUACUUUCUGAGCCUUUAAAGUUUGUUUAAAAUGGAGAUUAUGAAUAUAUAUAUUAUACACAAACUGUGCAAUUUUUUAAAAAGAGAAUUUUGUACUAUAAAUGUACACUUUGCUUGUUUUUUUAUUUAAAGAUGUAGACUUCCCUCAGGUGGCUCUUUUGGGUGCAUUUUUUUGCACUUACGCAAAAAGAAAAA